UCGCAGGCCCUUUCCCAUGGUGCUUCGCGCUGGGCUGUCGCGGUUGCCAGGCAAUUUAAAAUCAGGGCGCAGGGCCCGCGGGAUUCUACUGGGACAUGGGGCCUCAGGGCCUCCAGCCGCUCCUGCUGGUGCUCUUGACCCGCUGGACUUACGUGAGCGCCCAAACCGUGGCCAUCCCCGCGGUGCCGACGGAGGACCUCAACUCCACCGAGGCACCCUCAGGCCCUCUCGGACCCUCCCUGACGCCUAGGUUCCUAGGCACCUCCAGGACCCCGGAGCCCUCCUCCGGUCCCAGGCCUACCCCCGUCACGGAUGUUGCUGCUCUGUGUGUCUGUGACUUGUCCCCAGCACAGUGUGAUGUCAACUGCUGCUGUGACCCUGACUGCAGCUCUGUGGACUUCAGUGUCUUCUCCAGCUGCUCAGUUCCAGUUGUCACAGGUGACAGCCACUUCUGCACUCAAAAAGCAGCCAUCUACUCAUUGAAUUUCACAGCAAACCCACCUCACAGGAUAUUCAAACUUGUUGACCAGAUCAAUCCAUCUAUUUUCUGCAUUCAUACUACCAACUAUAAACCUGCAUUAUCCUUCAUUAAUCCAGAAGUGCCUGAUGAGAACAGUUUUAAUAAGUGGAUGAAAACAUCUGAAGGUUUUACAUUGAAUGCAGAAGCAGAUGUUUCUUUUACAGCCAAAUCAGAUGCUUUGGAUUCUACUAAAUAUGAGUACGGGGCUCCUCUGCAGGCUCCCGAGGCGUCUCCACAUCUGUUUCUGAGAUUUCCUUCGCCUCUCACAUCGGCUCUGUGCGCUGACAACAACCCUGCCGCAUUUCUGGUGAACCAGGCUGUUAAAUGCACCAGAAGCAUACAUUUAGAACAGUGUGAAGAAAUGGAGGCCCUUAGGAUGGAUUAUUACAGCAGCCCUGUGAUUCUGAGGGUGCCCAAUUCGACAACACAGGUCCCGAUCACUGUCCAGUCCAUCACUGUUCAAUCUCUAAAUAAAACACGGACCCUCCUGGAGGACACUGGCAUACGGCUGCCUUCUCUUGUCGAUUCUGGGCGCGACAGGAUCUGCAUUAAUGUUGUGCUUGAGGUGAAGUACAGCCUUACGUAUACAGACUUAGGUGAGAUCACCAGAGUGGGCCUCUCACUGCUUCUGGGGACGGUUAACCGUGCAUCCAUCCCCCUGCAGCAGAAGUUUGAAGUUCACUUUAUUCAGCAAAACACAAGGCCUGUUCCUCUCAGCGGCAACCCUGGCUACGUGGUAGGGCUCCCACUGGCCGCCGGGCUGCGGCCCCAGAAGGGGUCUGCGAUUAUUCAGACCACGGAUAGAUACGGACAACUCACUAUUCUUCGUAGCACAACUGAGCAAGACUGCCUUGCAGAGGAGGGGCUCCGGACCCCAGUGCUGUUCGGAUACAAUAUGCAGACUGGCUGUAAGCUCAGGCUGAGCCCCGCCAUCCCGUGCCAGCUUGUGGCACAGAAGAUGAAGGACCUGCUGAAGGGUCAGGGCUUCCCGGAUUUUGUGGCCUCGUUCGGAAACUCCAGGGCACAGGAUGUGCUGGACUGGGUCCCUGUCCACUUCAUCACCCACUCACCCAUCAAGGAUUCUUGCCAGCUCCCAGUGGCUUUGGUCAUAGAAGUGAAGUGGACCAAGUACGGAUCCCUACUGAACCCCCAGGCCAGAAUAGUAAAUGUCACGGCGAAUCUCCUUUCCUCCACCUUUCCCAAGACCUACACAGGAAGUGAAAGGACGAUUGUCGUCUCCACUACGGUGACUUUUGUGGAUGUGUCUGCACCUGCAGCAGCCGGCUUCCGGGCUCGGCCCACCGUCAACGCCAGGCUGCCCUUUGACUUCUUCUUCCCGUUUGUGUGACGGGAGUGGUCAUGAAGGCCCGCUGUGAAGGUCUGUACCUGUGGGACCACUUGGUCGCACCCCUCUGCACCCCGGGGUUGCCCCUAAACCCACACACUGCCCUUUUCUCCCUCCCGACAGAACUUCUCCCUCCCAGGCAUUGCUCUGCU